AUCCUCACUUAUCACUUCUCAUUUCCCGUAAGAGAGAAGUUUGAUUGUUCCUCUUCCUCCGGUUGCAGAGACUCCAUUUUGCAAUAGUCAGCUCCAAUUCUAAUUUCUAACUACUUCGAUUGUUUGUAGCUGGUUUCCUUCAUCGCAAUUUGGGUCAAUUUCAACUUCGAGAUUUCCAGAUGACUUCAAUGAACAGUGAGAAGGAUCAAACUACUCAACCAACCCAAAUUGUUGAGGAAAGUAAAAAAACUGCUCUCGAAAAAGAUGAGAAUGAAGAAGAUGAUGAUAGGAAAAGGUCAUUUGUGUGGGAUCACUUUGAAAGGGAUUUGAAAGGGAUUUAUUGGUUAAGGUCAAACCCAAUAGAUAUUCAGAAUCCACCUGAUAUUACAUUGGAUGAGUACAAAAAGAAUCUUGAAGAGAUUGAAAAGGAUGAAUUUGCAAACACUCCAAAGCAUCUGGAAGAAUACAUUCUGGAUGAUUGAAAUGGGUUGGAAGUUGCUAGUUUGCUGGGUUUUGUGUCAACUGUCAAGACACUUAUAUUAAUUUGCUGGAAGUUGCUCCAAGUUGCUGGAAGUUGCUUGUUGCUCCAAGCAACUGGCAGUAUUUUUUAAAUGAUUUUGUGCCUUUUUAGGGACCCUGGAGUGCCUGGACUCUUGAUUUCCUUAUCAACCUUUUGUGCAAUUUUUUUUGCUAAACACUAACUUACUGCUAGUUAACUGAGCAAGCAGAAUUGGGUGCAAUGCAGAAGGUUUUUCUUCAAUUGAAAGUUGCUUGUUGCUCAAACUUUCAAUUGAUAGAAAAGCAACUGUUUUUCCUUAGCUUUAUUAUUUGGAAGUUGCUUGUUGCUCCAAGUUUAAGCUGAUUACAAUCAUUACAUUUGGCAACUUUGAGAGUUUAAGUCAUCU